AUGAAGACCAUUUUGGCCAUCCUCGGUGGCCUCGCCGUCGCCGGCCUCGCCUCUCCAGUUGUGGAUAUCCAACAGCGCGCCACUUCCAAAUGUUUCGCUGGCACCAACCUGUACUUCCUCCAAGGCCUCUCUGAUGCCGACCAGGACAGCUACAUUGCCAGCAUCAAAGACUUUGGCGUCAAGGUCGUCCGCGUGUGGGUCAAUGGCCAGAAUGGCGACGGCCACUGCGAGAAGGGCAGCAAGAUCGUUGUAUCUGUGCCCGACCUGGAGACUACGCUGCUCCAGUAUCACGAUGAGACCCUUGAUGCCUUAGACAAGGUGAUCAACAAGCUAGCCAAGAACGGCAUCAAGGCGCUCGUCUCGCCCCACGAUGCCAACAGCCUCCAGUCUUCUCGCUCGGAUGCUUACAACGCCCGCUUCGGCUCGGGCUACUUCUACGAGCAGCAGGAGGCCUUUGACAUCUACGACAAGCGCCUCACGCACAUCCUCAACUACAAGGGCAAGUACUCGGGCAAGGUCUGGAAGAACUGGCACGAGGGCAUCAUGGCCUUUGACCUGCAGAACGAGCCUAUGACCACCAAGACGUCCGAGUGCACGAGCGGCGACACCCACGGCUGGGCCUGCGGCCGGGCCAAGCACAUCCGCCAGGCCCUCGGGGCUGACAACCCCAUCAAGGUCGCCACGGGUGGUUUCGGCGGCGACAUCGUGCACGGGUGCAACUUUAUGGAGGCGGCGACCAAGUGCGACGCUAUCGAUCUGAUCUCUGUGCACCGCUAUGCUGGCGCAGAGGCCAACAACCCGAACCAGUGGGCCAACAACGAGAAGAACUGGAUCAAGCAGGCCAACGGCAAGCUCGUCUACGUCGAGGAAUGGGGCGUCAACACCGACAGCUACGACGCCUCCAAGGAGUACCCUGCCAACAUGCAGGACAUGAUCAAAGCCGGACUGCCGCAGCUCUACUGGCAGAUCCUGCCCAAGAAAGUAUGCGACUACCAGAAGGGGUCUGAUCCGUAUGGCAUCCAUAUUGGAAGCGGCGUGCCUUUCAAGGAGUGGAUUGGCAAGAUGAACAGCGCCAACGCUGCCCAGGACUGGUCGUCCCUUGGAUUCUAA